AUGGAACUCAACCGAGAACAUUUACUGUCCGUUUUCGGCAACGAAGAGCCACAUCAGUCGACAAUUUUCCGUUGUCUUAGCGACGAUCCCAGGGUGGUUGCACCAAAAAUAGCAGUCACCCAGGAAAACGUCAAUGCUGUGCAAUUAGGAGUAAGAAAAUUAAAAACAGCCAGGGUUAAUUGGUGUCAAAAAACGCUUGACCGUUUCAAUUCCGGAAACUCAAAAAAUGUGUACAGCAUUGUUAGUGGUGAUGAAUCGUGGAUUUACUGUUAUGAACCAGAAAAUAAACGACAGUCGGCUGUUUGGGUGUUCCAAGGUGAAGAAAACCCAACAACAAUAGUCGCGACAUUUGUGUCAAAAGCGGGUCAUAUUGCAACAAUUCCUCUUAAUGAGCAAAGAACUGUUACUGUGGAUUGGUAUACCACCAGUUGUUUGCCAAAAGCCGUCACCGAGCUUCGAAGAAUCAACACCGAAAGAAGAAUCAUCCUCCACCAAGACAAUGCAAGCUCGCACACAGCCCAAAAAACAAGGCAGUAUUUAACGGAAGAAAACGUGGAAUUAUUGGACCAUCCUUCAUAUAGUCCCGAUCUAAGUCCUGACGAUUUCUUUACUUUCCCGAAAAUUAAAAACAGACUGCGAGUUCAAAGGUUCCAGUCACCAGAAGAAGCAGUUGACGCAUUCAAAAAUGCCGUUUUGGAUCUGCCAGCAAACGAGUGGAAUAAGUGCUUCAAAAAUUGGUUCGAGCGCAUGCAAAUGUGUAUUAAUCUUCGUGGAGAAUACAUCGAAAAACAAUAA